AUGGCCGCCAGCAGUUCUCUCGACCAUUUGAGCAACCGUAUGAAGCUGGAGUGGCACUCCAAGCUGAACACGGAGAUGGUGCCCGCGAAGAACUUCCGCCGCACCUCCAUCAUUGGCACCAUUGGCCCUAAGACCAACUCGGUGGAGAAGAUCAACGCUCUCCGCAGAUCCGGUCUCAAUGUUGUUCGUAUGAACUUCUCCCACGGUUCGUAUGAGUACCACCAGUCCGUUAUCGACAACGCCCGUGAGGCCGCCAGAGUCCAGACCGGACGUCCCCUCGCCAUUGCUCUUGAUACCAAAGGACCUGAAAUCCGUACUGGAAACACUACCGAUGAUAAGGAUAUCCCCAUCAAGGAGGGUCACGAGCUCAACAUCACCACUGAUGAGAAGUACGCUAAUGCUAGCGACGACCAGAACAUGUACCUGGACUAUAAGAACAUUACCAAUGUGAUCGCUCCCGGAAAGCUCAUCUAUGUCGACGAUGGUAUCCUCUCCUUCCAGGUUCUGGAGGUCGUUGACGACAAGACCCUGCGCGUCAAGUGUCUUAACAAUGGCAACAUCUCCUCUCGCAAGGGUGUUAACCUGCCCGGCACCGAUGUUGACCUUCCCGCCCUUUCCGAGAAGGAUAUCAGUGAUCUCAAGUUCGGUGUCAAGAACGGCGUCGACAUGAUCUUUGCCUCGUUCAUUCGUCGGGGAAGUGACAUCCGCCACAUUCGUGACGUGUUGGGUGAAGAGGGUAAGGAGAUUCAGAUCAUCGCCAAGAUUGAGAACCAGCAGGGUGUCAACAACUUCGACGAGAUUCUCGAGGAGACUGACGGUGUUAUGGUCGCCCGUGGUGAUCUUGGUAUCGAAAUCCCCGCCCCCAAGGUCUUCAUCGCUCAGAAGAUGAUGAUCGCCAAGUGCAACAUCAAGGGCAAGCCUGUCAUCUGUGCCACUCAAAUGCUCGAGUCCAUGACAUACAACCCUCGCCCCACUCGUGCCGAGGUGUCCGAUGUCGCUAACGCUGUUCUUGACGGAGCCGACUGUGUCAUGCUUUCUGGUGAGACCGCUAAGGGCUCAUACCCUUGUGAGGCUGUUAAGAUGAUGAGCGAGACCUGUUUGCUCGCCGAGGUUGCCAUUCCCCACUUCAAUGUCUUUGACGAGUUGCGCAACCUCGCUCCCCGCCCCACUGAUACUGUGGAAUCCAUCGCCAUGGCUGCCGUUAGCGCCAGUCUUGAGCUUAACGCCGGUGCCAUUGUUGUCUUGACCACCAGUGGUAACACUGCUCGCCUUCUUUCCAAGUACCGCCCUGUGUGCCCCAUCCUGAUGGUCACCCGUAACCCUAGAGCUUCGAGGUAUUCUCACCUCUACCGUGGUGUCUGGCCCUUCCUCUUCCCCGAGAACAAGCCCGACUUCAACGUCAAGAUCUGGCAGGAGGACGUUGACCGCCGUCUCAAGUGGGCUAUCUCCCACGGUAUCAAGCUCGGUAUCAUCAACAAGGGAGACAACAUUGUCUGUGUCCAGGGUUGGCGCGGAGGCCAGGGCCACACCAACACCGUCCGUGUGGUCCCAGCUGAGGAGAACCUUGGUCUGAUUGAGUAA